CUGUUUCCGCUUCCCGUGGCGUGUUUGGGUAAAUCAUUACCGGUUCAAAUGUCCCCAACGUGGCUCGUGUUUUCCAACGUGUUGGACUGACCUGAUAUUAAAGGAAGUUUAUUGACGUGCAAAGGACACACACGAGGGAGGAUGGGUGAGUUCAAGGUGCACCGUGUUCGGUUCUUCGACUACAUGCCCAGUGCUAUUCGAGCCAUGGCGUUCAACAGCCGGACUGAGAGGCUGGCUCUGGCCAGGGCUGAUGGAGCUCUGGAGAUCUUCAACUUUGCUGACCACUACUUCCAGGAAAAGAUCAUCCCGGGACAGGACGGCAGAGCUGCCGAGGCUCUGUGUUGGGUGGGCCAGCGUCUGUUUAGUGCAGGUUUGAAUGGAGAGAUCACAGAGUAUGAUCUGGAGAACCUGAAGCCCAAAUACACCGUGGAGGCCUACGGAGGACCGAUCUGGGCCAUGAGUAGUAACAGCGAAGGAACACUGCUAGCGGUCGGUUGUGAGGACGGGACAGUGAAGAUGUUUGAAAUCCUGGAGGAGAGGAUUCAGUUUCAAAGAAACCUCGACAGGCAGAAAGGUCGUAUUAUAUCUCUGUCCUGGCAUCCCUCUGGGAAACUGAUUGCUGCUGGCAUGAUGGACAUGAUCAGAAUCUUCGAUGCUGAAACAGGCCACAGCACGUACAGACUUCUGGUGGACAGAGGUUUUGGACCGUCCAGGUGCAAAGAGGUUGUGGUUUGGAGCAUCGCUUUCUUGUCUGACCACACGAUCAUCAGCGGCGAUUCUGCAGGGAAGGUCCAAAUCUGGGACGGACUCACAGGAACUCUGGUCAGGACUCACCCGGUCACCAAGUGGGACGUCAUGGCUCUGUCCGUUUCACCGGACGAGAGCAGCGUGUUAGCUGGGACGUCAGAGGGCACCGUCAUCCAGUUUCAGUUCAUCACCGCCACUAUGGACCAGCACGAUAAGGAGUGGGUUCGAACCAGGACCUUUAAGAAUCACUCGCAUGAUGUGAGGGCGCUCGUCCACACAGAGACCGCUGUGGUUUCUGGAGGUAUGGACACCCAGCUCGUAGUGCGACCCCUGCUGGACAAGGUGGAGAAGAACACCCACGAGUCGGCACUACAAAAAAUAGCUUUCCCACAUAGAAAUCUGGUUUGUUGCGCAAAAAAAGCGGGACUGCUGCUUUUCCAGUUCUCGGAUCAUUUAGAGCUGUGGCGAAUAGGAGAGAGCGACGGACAUGGUAAGCCUGGUGACAGCCUACCGGUGAAGAGAAAACCAGAGAAGCUGAUCCAGCUGAAGAGGAAGGGAGAGCAUCACGUCUGCAGCAGUGCUUUGUCUCCAUGUGGAGGCUGGCUGGCGUAUUCGACUCUCUCCGUUGUCCGUCUCUACAGAUUACAGUACAACGACAACGACAUCAGUAUCACCAAGGUGUCAAAACUUCCCAAGGAGCUUCGCUCGGUCCACCAGCUCUGCUUCUCCUCGGACUCCUCCAAACUCUUCGCUUCCUCCAGCCAUUCUUCAGUCAUUGUUGUCGCUCUAAACCAGCUGGAGUGCAAAUACCUUCAUACUCUGAGACCCAAGUCAGGCUCCGUGCAGCCGGUACACCUGCUGUGUGCCAGUGAGGACGGCAAAUGGCUCGCAACAGCAAACACAGACUGUGAGGUCCACGUCUACAACCUCUGCAAGCAAAAGCUUCAUUGCACAGUUCCUGUGUACAGCUCCUGUCCCACCGCGAUAGGCAUCCACCCAACAACCAGCAACCUCGUUGUGGCGUACGCUGACCACCAGAUCUUCGAGUACUCCCUGAUCCAGAAAGAAUACACAGAUUGGAGUCGGAAGCUGCAGAAACAAGGACUUCACCAUCUGUGGCUGGAGAGGGACACACCCGUCACCCACAUCACCUUCAGCCCUAAAAACCCAGCUCACAUCUUUAUGCAUGACACGUUCAUGUUCUGCAUCAUUGACCAGAGUCUGCCCCUCCCUGAAGCAAAGACUAUGCUCUACAAUCAGAUGACACUGAGGAGUCUCCCCGAGCAAGAGCGGCUCAGGCAGAGCCACGCCUUUAAGAUAUGCAAGACUUUCAAGCACCUCAUGUGUGUACGUUUACUGGAGGACCACUCUGUGGUUGUGGUGGAGCGCCCCCUGUUGGACAUCAUGUCUCAGCUGCCUGCACCGGUCCGGCAGAAGAAGUUUGCCACAUAAAUGAACUGACGCGGAUUUCCCUGGAGGUGUUUCAGCCCAGAGGUUCACGUCCGAGGAAAGGAUUGUUACUUUGUUUUGUUAAUUCCCCGUAACUCUGUGUUACAACUUUGUAAACGAUGAUUUGAUAAAGUAAUAAAUAGAGCUAUUUACUGUCA